AUGUCAGCGAAACGCCCCAGACUCAUCCCGGAACCCGCCAAGACGCAGCUGGCUCGAGCUUCUCCAGCUUUAAGCCAGCAUGCUGGACCAUCGAACCCAUCAAUCCAUUCCGACCAAGCUGGCAUCGCCCAUGAAGUUCAGCUGAACGACGAGACGGAACUUUACACGGUUAGUAAUGAGCUUAGUUUAACCGGGAGAUUUAUCCGCAAUGUCUGUGACCCAGUUAUCAAAGCCCUCGAACCGGUGCCAGGUAUGGCGUCAAUCCGAUUUGCCGAUUUUCAGGCAAUCUCCACCCCAGAAGACACUAUCCCAGACCUACGGGGCCCUCCUCCUAUCUGCGUCUCCGCCCGUAUACUUAGAAAUUUCGCUUACCCACCCCCGUCGGUGGCGAACCAAGUAGACACUAUCACAUCGGAUAGUGUAAUCAUUAACACUAACGGAUCUACCUCUACCCCUACAGUCGUUAACUGCCUUCAGAAGUUAUCAGAUCCAAGGGUCCAACACAAGGCGACCUGGUUAGUAACCAUGGGUGGAUCAACAGUGAUACUAAAGUGCUGGGGACUUCAAUACGAUGAGCUGUUUGAUGCGGAAGCGGAAGUCUAUAACCGCAUUUGGGCCCAGCAGCCGGCCGGCCAUCUCAGCUUCACCAAGUGGAUCUCUAGGGGGGAGAUUAUUUGCUCGAGCAUAUUUUCAUCGGGCUAUGUUCUCGUUCUGGAGCAGAGAGACGGGGUGCGGCUUGACCGACUGUGGCAUGCUCUAUCCGAGACUGAACGGGCUUACAUUCAGUCCGAAUGCCUUAAUGGCAUUCAUGCUUUGCGACAAGUGGGCAUCCGUCUUGAUGAUCCUGGCAAGCACAAUAUUCUCUAUGACAGAGAGAGUCGUGUGGUAACUCUGCUUGACUUUGAAAGUGCGCAAGAAUUAGAAAGUCACACAUAUAUCUCGACAUAUUUUGAGAUGGGUAUCAUAUUUGGCUCCGACCUUCUGUUAGGACGUCCACCUAGGAGUUAA